ACGCUGGUCGUAUUUGGAAGCGCAUUAUGUGACUUCCCCAUGCAAGGGUGGCCUGCUUUGCUCUGCUUCUCCCUCCUUAAAGCUUGCGCCCUGCCUUCUCCGCCAUCCCAACAUCAAAUAACACGCACACAAACACAGAGAGAGAGAGAGAGAGAGAGAGAAUGGAGAAGGCGAUCGAGAGACAGAGGAUUCUCCUCCACCACCUCCGACCUUCGCCUUCCGCCGAUCCCCCCAGCAUCUCGACCGCCGUCUGUUCUGCCAGUGGGAGCGCGAAGGAUCGGAGUUCUUGCUUCGGCGAUGAUGUCGUUAUCGUGGCUGCUUGUCGAACUGCUCUUUGCAAGGCCAGAAAAGGGGGAUUUAAGGAUACAUAUCCUGAUGACCUGCUAGCUCCUGUUCUUAAGGCAUUGUUGGAUAAGACUCGGUUGAACCCAAGUGAAGUUGGUGAUAUUAUUGUUGGCACAGUCUUGGCACCCGGAUCUCAAAGGGCAAUUGAGUGCAGGAUGGGAGCAUUUUAUGCUGGAUUUCCUGAUACGGUUCCACUCAGAACUGUAAACAGACAAUGUUCUUCUGGUCUUCAGGCUGUUGCUGAUAUUGCAGCUGCUAUAAAAGCUGGUUUUUAUGAUUUUGGCAUUGGUGCUGGGGUGGAAUCAAUGACUGUAGAUCCAGUCAGAUGGGAUUGGCCUGCUAAUCCCAAUGCUCAGUUAUUUGCACAAGCCCGAGACUGUUUGCUUCCAAUGGGCAUUACAUCCGAGAAUGUGGCUGAACGUUAUGGCAUAACAAGACAGGAGCAAGAUCAGGCUGCUGUUGAAUCUCAUAGGAAGGCAGCUGCAGCAGUAGCCGCUGGUAAAUUUAAAGAAGAAAUCAUUCCUGUUGUUACAAAGGUUGUAGACCCCAAAACUGGAGAGCACAAGCAAGUGACAGUUUCUGCCGAUGAUGGAAUUCGUCCAGAUACAUCAAUUUCAGUUCUUUCAAAACUUAAACCGGCUUUCAAGAAGGAUGGGACAACAACUGCUGGCAAUUCUAGUCAGGUGACUGAUGGUGCUGCAGCAGUCCUCCUCAUGAGAAGGGAUGCAGCAAUGAAAAAGGGGCUCCCAGUACUUGGUGUAUUCAGGAGUUUCGUUGCAGUUGGAGUGGAGCCUAACAUAAUGGGAAUUGGUCCUGUGGCUGCAAUUCCUGCUGCAGUGAAGGCUGCUGGUCUUGAGCUUGAUGACAUUGACCUUUUUGAGAUAAAUGAGGCUUUUGCUUCUCAAUAUGUUUAUUGCUGCAAAAAGCUGAAGUUAGACCCUGCAAAAGUAAAUGUCAAUGGAGGUGCUAUGGCUCUUGGUCAUCCGUUGGGUUGCACAGGUGCCCGAUGUGUGAGUACUCUUCUAUAUGAAAUGAAGCGAAGAGGAAAGGACUGCAGGUUUGGAGUCAUUUCUAUGUGCAUAGGGUCGGGUAUGGGGGCUGCGGCUGUUUUCGAGCGUGGAGAUGGUGUGGAUCAACUCAGCAAUGCGAGGCAGGUCAUCUCCAACAACUAGUUGUCCAAGGAUGCAUUCACAAUCCUGUGUUGCUUUAUCUCAUCGUUGACCAACAAUUAUGCCAAUAAGCUCAUCUGAAUCAUACCCAAGCAUCACUUGGAAUUGCCUUGAGAAUUAGAAUGAUUCUUGGAUAAUAAGCCAAUUCGACAAUGUUAAUUUUGUCUUUGCAAUGAGACUGAGUUCAUGCUAGAACAUUUAUCUGUGCCACCUCAGAUUGUCACUCAUGUUUGGAAUUUCUUUUCUA